AUGUCUAGUAGAUGGAAAGUCUAUGUCACGACGCUCAAUUGCGCCAAGAAGUUCCCCUUCGACAGUGGAAAUGACAUAUCUGAAAUAUUGCGAGAGGUAUUACCAGAAUCAUUUGAACACGAUAUCUACGCCUUAGGGUUUCAGGAGUUGAUGAGCACAUGGGAAGCUUCAUUUCCAAGCUUGACUACACCGUUAUUUGAAGAUGUUAGCAAUGCUAUUGCAACAUACGUAAACGCACAGUCUUCGGUUAGGAAAUUUCGUUUGGUUGGUAGGGCGAUAACCGGUGCUGUUGGACUUGUCGUCCUGGCAGAUGAAAGAUUCAAGAUUGAAAAGGUGACAACUAGUAUUUUUAGGUGUGGGCUAUUUAAUUCCAGCUUGAAAGGUGCAGCUUCCAUUUGCUGCGGCUUAGCAGCGCCAAACGACGUUCAGGAUACAUUUACCUUCAUCUGCAGCCAUCUUAGCGCUAAUGAGGGUGUCAAAAAUGCAGAAUUGAGGGUCAGUAAUUACGAAUGUAUCAUGAGUGCUUGUGCCACUGACCUCAGAAUGACUUCCUUCAGGAACUCCCAUAUUUUCUACUUUGGGGAUCUGAACUUCCGAGUUAAAGGCUGGCAAGAUAUGGCUACUGACUACUCAAAUGCCCAGGUGCUCAAUAAUCUUCUGAAGGAUCACGAUGAAUUGAACAAGCUACGAGAAAGCAAUCUAGUGUUCCAAGGGUUCGACGAGUCACCAAUAAGCUUCCCACCAACUUACAAAUAUCUAAUUUCAACACAGAACACAUUUGAUACCAGAAAAACACCAUCGUGGUGCGAUAGAGUCUUAUUCAGACGCUACCUGCCCGAAAGCUUCAAAAUCCGCUCCUACAGGUCGGUCGACAGAACUUCGCCCUUACGGUUUACUGAUCAUCAAGGAGUUGUGCUGGAUAUCGAAGUGCCAUCUAAUUUCUCAGCUUCUCCGUUGGAUAUACCAGCCUCAAUAAUCCCUGCUCAUCAACUCUUGAUUGGAGACGUUAUGGACACUGCAAUCGGCUACGUCGGCUGGGGCAUCGCCAAGAAGCUACAUUAUUGGGUUGCGAUCAUCCUUGGCCUAAUGAUAAUUUACAACUUUAUCUGA